AUGCCACGUCCGAGUUUCUCUCACAACCCGCUUUUGAGGGUGUCAAGGCCAGUGUCCGCUUGUUCUCGGUGCCGCGCUGCCAAGGUCAAGUGUGAUGGCAAACUACCGGCUUGCACAGCCUGCGAAAAGGCUGGCCGUUCAAAUGAGUGUUCAGCGGCAAACGAUCAGUUCGCUCGAGGCAAAGAGAGAAGUUACGUGGCAGCCUUGGAAUUACGCAUAGAGAAGCUUGAAAAACGGCUUCAGUUUGCAAAAUCACGCAAGGCAUCCGUUGCACUCCAUGAUACGGAUGCAUCGGCCUUCAACGUGCAACAGAUGGAUCGUAGAGACUCUCUUGCACUCAUUCGCGCCGCUAUACAUCGCAAAGCGGCGCAAAAGCGGGAGACUUCUGAUGUCAACUCUCUUGUAUCCGACUUUGGCUUUCUUUCUGUCAAUGCGACAACGCGAGACUUUGAGCCUAUAUCAACAAAUAUGACUUUUGCUCGACUUGUCUUGGCGGCGACAACAAACGAUGCCCUUCCAGAGUCUGACCAAGCCCGCUUACCUCCAAGGCAAACUGCCCAUGUGCUGGUCCAGCAUUACAUGGACAACGUCUAUUCGUUGUUCCCCUGCUUUCUGGAAACCUCACUCUUAACCGCUCUUGACGACAUAUAUCAAGAAGAUACCCGAACUAUCAAAGACUCGGACUACUGGAUGGUGUACAUGGUCCUUGCCAUUGGCUCUAUAGCCCAAAGCAAACGUAGCCAAGAUACACACUAUCUCACUGGCCUCGAGUAUGCGUCAAGAGCUAUGAACCAUGCUGAUGGUGCUCUCACCCCUGGAUACGUGACGCAAAUCCAGUCGCUUCUUCUUUUGACGCAGUAUGCCAUGUUGGACCCUGCCCACUUCGAUAGCUGGCAUUUGAUAGGUUUCACAGCUCGUGCGAUAGUUGACCUAGGUUUUCACCAGGACCCUCCUUCGUCUGCUGUCCCCGACAAAGCUUCUCUGGACAUGCGACGCAAAAUCUUUUACUGCGUCUACGCUCUUGAUCGUGCCAUCAGUAUGGUCCAUGCGCGGACAUUCUCAUUUACCGACGAUACUGUUAAUGUCGCCUUCCCUCAGGCAUCUAAUAACGGGAGAAAGAGUUCUGUGUCAGGUCCCAUCGCCGGUCCUCAACCCGCAGACCCUGCUCUGCUGCUCUUCCAACUCCGGCGCGCGCAAUCCCAUUGGUACCAGGAGUUGUAUCAAUCAGGUUCGGUCCCUCUGCAGGAUCCAAUCUCCUAUAUUUGGAAAAUGUGUCUUGAUAUGCGCGAAUGGCAAGACACUCUGCCCACAAAUCUGGCCCCUGAGAUCAGACAAUUGUUCGACCAAGAGCUGAGGUAUAGCUACGUCUACUGUAUUGCACCCUCGGCCAGGGCACCCAGCAUCACCGACUACAACCGCAUCCUGAUUUUUGAGCACUCGAUGGCCUAUCUGGACACUGUCCAUGAGAUAGCACAUGGCGCACAAAAUUCUGGGUUCUACACAUACCAUGACGUGUUGAGGGUCUAUUUCAUGGCGAACCAGUUCCUCGCGGUUCUAAGAGAUGCGGAAGAUAUGCUUCUUUCGGGAAUGCCGGUUCCAAUUCCAAUUUCUCGCCCGGGCGCUGCACCUGCCCCUCCUCUCCCAAGACGAUUGCAGCCCCAAGGAAUGAAUGGAGAGGAUAACCUUGAUCGCAGCUUGAGAUGUCUCGAUAAAGUCUCCCAGACAUUAGAUACCUAUGGAGACCGUUGGGCAGAUGCCUCGACCUGGAGAGAAAGUUUUGGUAUGAUAUCCCAGGAAAUGGUGGACCGACUUUCGAGGCGAAAGCAAGCGCGUGAUACUGCUAGAGAACAGUAUCAGUUACAGUAUCAGAGCAGAGGUAUACCACCUCAAACUCAGGCUGGGUUUUAA